AUGAAGCCGAUGAAACUUUUCCAAUUACUGAUCUUAACUUUGUUAACAUCAUCAAUAGAAGCUCAGCUCACCAAGCCACGUUGUAAUACAGCCUGUGGGGAUGUCCAGAUUACAUAUCCAUUCGGGAUUGGACGAGAAUGUUCUGCCAACGAAUGGUACACAAUCAACUGUAAUUCCUCCACACCGUAUCUAUCUGCACUCAACAACGUAGAGGUAUUGGUAUUGGAUAUAAACUUGGCAACUGUCACUGUUAAUAUCUCAUUAAUUAGUGUUGAUUGCCAGAAUCCAGUCCAGUAUAGCCAUCUUAUUCUAAACACCAGCUAUGGCAAUAGCCCCUUCCUAUUUUCCGCAUCCAAUAACAUACUUAUUGUUAAUGGGUGCGGCAGUGCCGCCAUCAUGGAGAACGGCACUAUUGUUGGUGGUUGUUCCACAACUUGUGGAACAACCACUAACACUGUUAGUGUCAGUACUGAUACUGACACAAACAACUGCUUUGGCAUCGGUUGUUGCCAAACUACAAUUUCUCACGAUCUCCACUCGUUUACCUUAAACCUAACAGGGAUAGAAAAGCAAGAUAGAGAUGGAACGUGCAGCGGGUCUGCUUUCUUGGUGGCAGCAGAUUAUGCAGGAGAAUUUUCGAGCCAAUUUAACGACAAUUUCGCUCCUAUCUCACUUUCAUGGAACGAAACAUUCGAUGAAAAUUCAAUAAGAUGCAACGAGAAAUGUGGAGAUAUAUCGAUUCCUUACCCUUUUGGGAUUCAAAGAAGUUGUUCAGAGAGUGAUUGGUUCAAUGUUGAUUGCAACUCCUCGACACCUUACUUAUCCGCAUUCAACAAUUUAGAGGUUUUGGGUUUUAGUUUGGAAAAUGAAACACUCACUGUUAAUGUUCCAAUGUUUUCUGAUUGUGAAAAUCUAGUCUAUAACAACAGCCUUAACCUAAACGGAAGUCCCUUCCGAUUUUCCGGAUCUUUCAACAUACUUGUGGUUGAGGGGUGUGGUAGUGCUACUAUUAUGUAUAAUGGGAGUGUUGUUAGUGGUUGUUCAACAACUUGUGGCAAUGACAUUGUUAUUGAAAAAAACAACUGCUUUGGCAUCGGUUGUUGCCAAACUAUGAUUCCUGAUUAUCUCCAGUCGUUUACCUACGAUGUAACAGGUUUGAAAAGGCAGACUGGAAAUAAGAGUUGUGGGUCAGCCUUUAUGGUGGAUAUGAAGUCUUUCCUUGAAGGAAGAAUGUCACAACAAUUUGUUCCGGUGACACUUGGGUGGUGGUUGGAUCCUGGAUUAUUAAUAGCAGCAUGUGAUUGGUGUCGACGUUAUGGGGGGUUUUGUCAACAAAAUUAUACCGAAGGUGGGGGCUGGAGCAGGAGGUGUAUAUAUCGUGAAAGAAGGAAUACAGAAUCACAUAGUGGUGUUAUUGAAGGAGUUAGUAUAAGCAUGGGGUCACUUCUCCUAAUGGUGAUCGUUUAUGUAUUAUACACAACAAAUAGGAAAACUAAAGCCAAUAUGAAGACUAAAAGGUACUUUAAACGCAAUGGUGGUAUACUUCUUAAACAACAACAAGCAGCUGAUAUUGGUUUAGUUGACAAAACCAUACUUUUUACAUCCAACGAAUUAUCAAAGGCCACUGAUAAUUUUAAUGAGAAUAGAAUUCUUGGUCGAGGAGGUCAAGGUACAGUGUAUAAAGGCAUGUUAUCCGAUGGAAGGAUCGUAGCAAUCAAGAAAUCAAAGGUGGUUGAUGAAAGCCAACUAGAACAAUUUAUUAAUGAAGUGGUCAUUCUUUCACAAGUCAAUCAUCGAAAUGUCGUUAAACUAUUGGGAUGUUGCCUAGAAACCGAGAUCGCCACAGAGGUUGCAGGAGCACUUUCUUACUUACAUUCAUCAACCUCCGCUCCAAUAUACCAUAGAGACAUUAAGACUACUAACAUACUUUUGGAUGAAAAGUAUAGAGCAAAAGUUUCUGACUUUGGAACUUCACGGUUUGUGUCAUUAGAACAGACUCACUUAACUACAUUAGUCAAAGGGACCUUUGGUUACUUGGAUCCAGAGUACUUCCAAUCAAGUCAAUUUACUGAAAAAAGUGAUGUAUAUAGUUUUGGAGUUGUUUUGCUUGAACUCUUGACAAGAGAAAAACCAAUAUCCUUGACUAAAUUUGGGGAACAUAGAAGUUUAGUUGCAUACUUUAUGGAAGCCAUGGAAGAAGGUCGUGUUUUAUCUAUUUUGGAUGCAAUGGUUGUUAAGGAGGGUUCAAUGAGUGAGUUGUUAGCCAUAGCUAAUUUGGCAUUGCGAUGCUUGAAUUUGAAUGGGAAAAAUAGGCCAACAAUGAAAGAAGUUUCUAUCGAGUUAGGAGGCAUGAGAUUAUCACAUGUGCCAUUUACGAUUCAAACUAGUUUUGGACAUGUAAAGAAUAGUGAGGAAUUACCACAAAUAUAUAGUGGAUCAACAUCAACAUCAUUCACAUUCAAUGACCUUUGUAGAUGA